AUGACCAAAGGUUGCUAUACCUGCCGUCGCCGCCGCAUCAUCUGCGACAAUGCACUCCCCACGUGUCGGAAGUGUCGGGGUGCGGGGAAAGAAUGUCUGGGGUAUCAGAAACCUCUCGUUUGGGUCAAAGGGGGGGUCGCCAGUCGGGGCAAGAUGAUAGGUCUCAGUUUCGACGACGUUCAGAAGGAUACCGAGACACAGGAUAAUUUGUCCACUUCCGCCAACUUUCCCGAGAAUGCGGAACUUCUGCAUCCAUCGAGUCUCCCCACCACCACAGGUGGAGACAGAAGCGGAAUGCGCCGAUCGCCACCAAGGGGCUCCUGUGGCUGUGAAUCGUGUUCCGAUACCUUGGGUCCUGACGGAUCCGCUGUUCAAGGACUGCAGUCGCAUGUCCAGUCAGUGAUUCGCCUGUCAUCUCUUACUCCCUCGGCCACGGGAGCCCUUCACCAUGCUAUCCUCGUAAACGGGGAGUUUUCCCCCAUGCCGUGGUCCGCGGACAGGUUAUCGACCAGUGGAAUACCCUCACCUCCCGAAGAGGCUCCACCAACUGAGAUUAGCUCCCUGGUCCGACGCCCAUCAACAAGAUCAUAUGAACAUUUCCUCGGUCUCAAGCAACGUGCGCUCCAUCAGCUAUCGCAGGAUAUUUGCGAUCCCGUCAUGCGAAAUGACAACAUGACACUGGCGGCAAUUAUGGUCUUUGCCCUUAUGGACGCCAUCGAAUCCGGGCAUGCAGCGUGGAAAUUCCAUCUGGAGGGGGCCAAAAAAAUCAUCCAGAAUCGCGAACACGACCCGACAAGCCAGGCACGAAGAAUGAUGAACUGGGUGGACGAUUUUGCUACUGAUGGAUGUCUUCUAAUCCAACUAAUGGGCUCUACGCUGGCUCGACCCGGUUCGCUCUCGAAGCCGUUUUACUCUUCCGCAAUGGGCUUGCCGGUUCUAAAACGUCUCGAAGAAACGUCAUGGGUAGGGUGUCCCGCCUACCUGCUUGAAGCUAUCCUCUUGGUCCAUGCCUUCUUUGAUCUCGAACCGGAUGCCAACUCCUCCCCACAUGUCCCCGAAGGCUCAAAUCCACUCCAAUGUCCCGACAAAAUCACCCUGCACAUUCAAGCCUUUGACCCC